AAAAGGUCCCUUAAUCUUCUAUCCAACAUGACUGUUUCUAGAGUCGGUGAAAAAAGAACUGAGAUGCCCUACGUGCGUCUCGGAAAGUCUGGCUUGAAGGUAUCGAAAAUCAUACUUGGUUGCAUGUCGUAUGGUUCUCCAGAGUGGGAACCUUGGGUGCUUGAUGGGGAAGAGGGAUUGAAGCAAAUCAAAGCUGCAUACGAUGCUGGGAUUCAGACAUUUGACACUGCCAAUAUAUAUUCAAACGGAGUUUCUGAGAUUAUCCUUGGAAAGGCCAUCAAGAAGUUCAAUCUACCGCGAGACGAGAUCGUCGUAAUGACCAAGCUAUGGGGAAUUGUGUCUCGCACACAAGGAGAGAGAUACUGGGGAGACGCUGACCCGGAUCAGUUUGGAUACGUAAAUCAAUUUGGUUUAAGUAGAAAGCACAUCUUCGACUCGGUCAAGCACAGUUUGGAACGUCUUCAACUCGAAUAUAUCGAUGUAUUGCAAUGCCAUCGAUUCGAUGAGAAUACGCCAAUCGAAGAGACAAUGCAAGCUCUCCAUGACGUCGUCAAGGCCGGCUAUGUACGUUAUAUCGGCAUGUCUUCAUGCUAUGCAUGGCAGUUCUACGCAAUGCAAAGUUACGCAAUAACGCAUAACCUCACGCCAUUCAUUUCCAUGCAAAAUCAUUACUCGCUGGCUUAUAGGGAGGAAGAACGCGAGAUGAUGCCGCUCUGCAAGCACCUUGGUGUCGGGUCCAUUCCGUGGUCUCCACUCGCUCGGGGCUUCCUCACACGUCCUGUCGGCGAACAGUCAAAGAGGAGCCAAACAGAUAUUUGGACCAACAUCUACGGACAAUACGAAAGUAAUCACAAGAUAAAUUCACGUGUCGAAGAGCUUGCGAAGAAGAAGGGCAAAACGAUGGCACAGAUUGCUUUGGCGUGGGUCAUGAACAAGAGUCCUGUCUCAGCACCAAUUGUUGGCACGACAAGCAUGCAAAAUCUGAAAGAAUUAAUUGAAGCGGUAAAUAUCAAGUUGACAAAAGAAGAAAUGAAAUACUUGGAGGAACCGUACCAACCGUUGCCCGUUGUAGGGGUUGCAGUCCGCAAGUCAUCAGAUGACGACGAUUAGAUAUACAGGUCUCCUCGUGCGCUGUACCCUAAAACGAUGGAAAAAGAAUCCGAGUUAGAAUAAUAAGAAUUUCAGGAAACGUGAACUGAAGCAGUUGAGGGAUUUGAGGCUGAUUAUGUACUACUUAUCACGUGCUUGGAUUCGCAACGGGAAAAAAGAAUUGUCAUCGAAGCAAACUGCGCGUUUGUCUGUAUGAAAUGUGUCCUGACAUCUAUAUGUGCCACAACGAGGAGUAUGUAAGAAACAUUAAGUCAGUAGCUGCAGUUUAGAUGGUCGGUUUUGAUGGAGUAGAAAGGCACAGUCGAGAACGUCUUCAGCCGACCGCAUCGAUGGUCUACAAUGCCAUCUUUCGAUACGAAUAUACUGAUUAAAGAGAAUGUCAUUCAUGAUUCCGUGAGGCAGGCCAAAAUAGAGUCACUACGUUGAGAAGUCGAACGGACUUCAUACUUACAUCUCAGAUAUUAUGUCAACGAACACGCGUCUACUGAAAGUCGUACUAAGCCGGUCUUCUCUGUCUCCUCUUAUUCAUACUGCCGGUGAGCCGUGGACGCGUCAUACAUUGCUUGUUCCCAGCUCUUUGAAGCCGGU